GCUCUUGAUGUUAGUAUUUGCAGCAGAGAUUUCUGACAUUUGCAAGUGACAACAGGUCUCCUAAAUCGGCCACCUUGAGUUGUGUACAGCACUUUCUUGGUGUCACCGCUUUCUAAGAUCAAGCCUCAUCCUACCACUCACGCGCGAAUGACAAGAAUGGCACUACAAGUCCCCGUCCAUCAUCAUGCCAGCGCCCGGGACUCUCCCCAGCCGAUAGCCGAAGACAAAAACCUCACAAUCUUCGAUCUGCCAAUCUCAAUACGCAACCAAAUCUACGACCUUGUCUUCUACGGCAUUGAUCGCCAGAAGCUUUUGAACGAGAAGGAGAUGCUGUGGACGGAGAAAAGCACGUUGUACAUCGCCGUCGCCGUCGCCGUCGCUAGGGCGUUGAGCGUUGCUGUCUCUAGGGCCGUCACCGCCCUGUAAUUGAACACCAGGGCGUUGAGCCUCGCCGUUGCAGGGCCCGGGGC